UUUUGUUUUUUUUUAAUAUAGCUUUAUUAAGUACCUGGAUAAAAAAAUAGUAAGAAGGCAAUGUUCAUAGGAUGUAGCCUGUCCCUCUGUUUGCCCCAAUUAUUCUGUGCUUCAUUAGUAAUUGUAUUGUUACUAUUUUAAAUCUAGGUUUUGAAGGCAGCUAUAAUAGACCAGUCCAAGUAAAUUUCUUGUAAAUUUCUAAUAUAUAGAAGAAAAUAAUUUAUGAGCGGGAAGGAGACAUAAAUUCUUAUUUUAUGUUGUUCUCUAGGUAUUCCUGAAAAAUGGAUGAUGAUUACUUUGGAGGAUUUGAGGCAGCAGAAAUUUUUUUUAAAGAUGGAAACGGUGAACCCCAGACAACGUCUCCCGCUAUUCCUUGGGCAGCAUUUUCCACAGUGCCUGAAAUUCUUGCAUCGCCAACUAUUUCUGCUGAGCUGCUCCCGAAACAGGCUUUAGCCUCCUUCGUUUCUUCAGGGGCUGAUGUACCAGUAGACGCUCAACUGCCACCCAAUACUUUAAGUGCAGCUGAUGUUAAAGAGCAGGUUCCCUUAUCAAUCGAUCCUCCUUUGACUGAAGAGCUGGGGGCAGCAUCUGCUGAUUAUGACGAAGCCGAUAUAAAACCGAGAGUAAAUGAGUCUGAAAAGCACCUUCAGCAAACCCCUUCAGCUCUGGAAAGUAAACUUAAAACAGCAGAUGAAGAAAAAGAGAGAAUAAAAAAGGAAUUAGAAGAUUUUUUGGAAAAGUACAGGUCUUUGGAAACCGAUUUCCUGAAAGAAAAGGAGGAUAAAUUAAUUUCACAUCAGGAUAUAUACAACAAGCUCCAGGAGAAACAUAAGCUUGAGCUGGAAGAUUUAAGAAAAGCUGGACAUGAGGCCCUGUCUAUUAUUGUGGAGGAAUUCAAGGCCCUCCUGAAGGCUGUGGUCCAGGAGCAGGAAGGGGCCUUGGAGAAGCAGCAUGUCUCUGCGGUGGAGAAACAGGCUCGGAAGUGUGAAGAGCUGCUCGAUGCUCAGCAUCAAAGGAUGCUUGAUAUGUUGGAAAAAGAGCAGAAAAUCUUAGAAGAAAAAACAAAAGAAUCCUUGUUGCAGCAAUUGCAGGAAUAUAAGGAAAUGUUGGAAAACUGUAUGGAGAAGGAAAGGGAACGUAAUAAGGAGGCCUUGGCAGCAGCUGCAGAGAUUGAGAAAGAGGCCUUGCAGGCUGCCAUUCUAGCAGCAGUCACAGCAGAAAGAGAAAACAUGAAAAAACUGCAUGACCAGGAAAAAGAAUUAUGGCAAGCAGAGAGAGUCAAAGACCGUGAGAAGAUUGCUCAAGCGGUAGAAGCAGCAGCGGAAUGGGAAAGGCAGAGCUCGCAAGAAAUGGUAAAAGCAGCAAUCCUAGAAGAACAAAGGAAAAGUGAGAAAGCUGUAGAAGAAGCCGUAAAGCAAACACGGGAAGAACUGAUGGGAUACAUCAAGGAGCAGAAAAGGCUGGAUCAAGUGAUCCGUCAGCGUAGCCUGUCCAGUUUGGAACUGUUCCUCUCUUGCGCACAGAAGCAGCUGAGCUGUUUAUUGCAGGAAGAAACCACAGGAGCAGAGGCAGAAGGAAAGAAUCCAUAACACCGAUCACUUCUCUCAGACCCUGGAGACUGGGUGGAGCCCUCGGAUCAAUCCGCUGGUCUAAUUUUGCUUCGUUUAGAUGUUCAGAAUCAUGCUGCGGCACUUGUAAAACUAAUGAUUGUGUGAAAUCUUGGCACAGGUCAUGAGUGGCAACGGUUCCCUCAGUUGUAACAAGAAAUGCAGUAACUGGCAAAUCUCAGUAAAACAAUGUUGGUAACAAAUUUCCAGCAACAGAGUUUGUGUACCUGUUAUUAACAAGCCUAAGCUUAUUUUUCACAAUGUUGCAUGGAGGCAGCAUUGCCGUUAUCAUUUAUGUCAUACCCAACUGGCAUUUAUCAAAUGGAAUAAAGGAAUGUUUAAUGCCGGAAAUAAAAGUAGAGCAUAAGGUCAUCCGAAUUUGAAGCACUAAUCGGAGAUGUCUGGAUGACAGCUGGAAUUGAAGCACUGUAUUAUUUACUUGUAUCCGUUCCAAAACAGCUUUUUGCAUCCUCUGAGUUUGUGCCUUUUCCUGAAAAAAGUCUGUCAAGUUUCAUAAGCUUUUUGUCUUGAGAUCUUCCCCUAGCUGGGAAACCCAGGGUUUGCUCAGUUGCUAUGCUGCUGUUCUUACGAAAGCAAGUUAGGAUUAUCACCUUAAUUUAUGAAAGGAAAUAAAGGUACUUGAAAGCAGCAGCAGAUUUGGGGAAUCCAUUUAGUGGGUCUAAAUUUGUAAGACGUGUGAGGACAAAGGUGUCCCUUAGACUGUAGAAUCAGUCUAAUGAAAUCUUUUCAGAUUUCUGAUGACACAGUGAUUUUUGCAGGGGUGUGGGGAGGUGUUGAAUGUUUUGGGCUUUUUGUGAUUUGGAGGGAAUUUGGGGGAAUUUGAUGGGGGUGGCUUUUGCACGCACUCCGAUCUGUGCUCUUAGUUUGGGCUGUUCUGCACAAUAAAAGACGCUGCUAAGAACUGGCCACACCGUUGUUGAAUUCCAGUGGCAGGAUCUCAGGGUACACUGGAGCCAAAGAGGGCAAGUUGGUCUCUGCAUGGCAUGUCCACCCCUGCCUUCAAUGAUGCAAUCAAGUUAUAGAAAUGGAACCAUCUCUGAAAUUUCCAUGGCUUUUUUGCAGUGGUGUAACAGGAACAGAGGAGCUAAUAGUAAUGUAAUUAUUCACUUUGGGGCAUAAAUUUUAAUUUUUUUUCUUGCAUUUACCAAUAUAUUAUCCACAAUAAAAUGUUAAUGAUUUACAUGAUG